ACGCGAUCUUUGAACGGAGGAGGAAGCCAGUAUGCCAAAGGAUCAGGCCAAGCAGCAGCAGCCAUCGCGCAAGGGCAAGGCGACAUGGCGCAAGAACAUCGACCUGGCGCCCGUCGAGGAACGUCUCGAGAUCCAGCGGCAGGCUGAGUCGCUGGGACUGGCCGGUGGAGUUGGCCAGGCAGGCGAUCUGUUCGUCGAAGAUCGAAAGGGCGACGAGGCGCUCCUUGCGCGCCAACGCAAGAACCGCCGCGGGCUCAAGAGCCUCGAGGUGCUGAACCGAGACGCCGUCGGCGUCCCUGCCGUGCUGUCGCGCAAGGAAAAGGGAAGCCUGGGAGGAAAGACGCCCGAGGAGAGGUCGGGGAUGAGCGCAAAGCAGAUUGCCAAGCUUCGGCGCAUGACGGGCAGGCAGACUGGACCCUUUGGCGCAGUUGUCGAGCAGAGUCAGGAGGACAAGGAGGAGCAACGGGCAAAGGCUGACAUCAAGGUCGCCGAGUACGAUGUGUGGGGAGCAGAGAGCCCAAGGGUGCAUGUCAAGCCAUUGAAGCACGACGUCGAGAAGAGACGGUUGCCAGACGUGCCGCUACCUCUCCCCGAUCCGGGCCAGUCGUACAACCCGCCAGCAGAGGCACACGAUGCGCUGCUUGAGAAGGCGAUGAAGGUGGCAGAGGACGAGGAAAAUGAGCGGCUCAAGCACCGGGAGUGGAAGAGGAAGUGGGACGCAGGGGGCGAGUAUGCGAGGCAAGAAGAGGAAGAGGGCAAGAACGUCAUGGGAAUGAGGGUCGAUGGGGAGGACGAUGACGACAAGGAGCCAGAUGACGAGCAGGCCGAGGUGGAGGCCUUGACGACGAGGAAGGAGCCGAAGCGAAAGACGAAGGCGCAGAGGGCAAGAUCGCUAAAGCACAAGGAAGCUGAGCGACAACGGCUCUUGCAGAAAUCGAUCAAGUCGACGCACCAAGCCAUCCAGUCCUUGCCGUCACUCAAGAAGUCCCUGGCAAAGGCUGCCGAAGAGAAGCAGGAAGCUGCUCAACAAAGGCGCGAAGCAAAACUCAAGAGACUCGAAAGGCGUGUGGGCAGAUUUGAGCUGCCGAAGGAGGAGCACGAGGUCCAAUUGGGCGAGGAGCUGUCCGAAGGAUUGCGUGGGCUCAAGCCAGAGGGCAACCUGAUUCGGGACCGUAUCCACCACUUUGCGAAGCGGGGCCUCGUCGAGCCACGGGCGCCAAGCACCAAGGAACCGAGGAGGGCGGCAACAAAGACGUACGAAACGCAUGCAUACAAGCGCUUCCAUUGAGCAAUUUCAUCUCCUCUUUCACACAACAAUUUUGUCACGCUUUCGGCCUGAAUAGACUUGGUCACAGAUGGCGCAUCCUUCUCCUGAAUCAGAUG